AUGGGGUUCGUUCAAACUUGGAAUGCUAAGAUCGCCGCCGGCCCUGUCGGUCGGUGGUUCCAGCUCGAAGGCUCCGGUCAUCCCCGUGAGCGCAAAGGAUCACUGUUCUUCACCGAGCUCCGCGCCGGCCUCGUCUCCUUCUUUGCCAUGGCCUACAUUAUCGCCGUCAACUCGUCCAUUGUAGCCGAUACAGGCGGAACCUGCGUCUGCCCGCGCACCCAGGAAGAUUUCACUUGCGACCAUGAUCAGGAUUAUUUGCUGUGCGUCGCCGAGGUCAAGCGCGACAUCGUGACUGCCACAGCCGCCAUUUCAGCCCUCGCCACCUUCUUCAUGGGACUACUGGCUAAUAUGCCCGUUGGUGUCGCCCCGGGUAUGGGCCUCAACGCCUACUUUGCUUAUACCGUCGUCGGCUAUCACGGAACGGGCGCAGUGCCCUAUCAAGUUGCUCUUACUGCCAUCUUCAUCGAGGGCUUCGUCUUCUUUGGCCUUGCCCUGCUCGGCAUGCGCCAGUGGCUUGCUCGUGCCAUACCCCGCUGUAUCAAGCUUGCCACUGGUGUCGGUAUUGGUCUUUUUCUUACCUUGAUCGGCCUGACCUACAGUGAGGGUAUCGGUCUGGUCGUCGGUGCCACUUCGACCCCCCUUGAGCUGGCCGGCUGCUUGCAGAGUGAGCUGAUUGACGGCUUAUGCCCCUCGUCCACCAAGAUGCGCAGCCCUAUGAUGUGGAUCGGCAUAUUCUGCGGUGGUAUUCUAACCAUCAUGCUGAUGAUGUACCGCUUCAAGGGCGCAAUUCUCGCUGGUAUCAUCCUCGUCAGCAUCAUCUCCUGGCCCCGUGGCACCGACGUCACCUACUUCCCGUACACCGCUGUUGGCGACUCCAACUUUGACUUCUUCAAGAGAGUUGUCGAUUUCCACCCCAUCCAGAGGACCCUUAAUGUCCAGGAGUGGAAUAUCGGAGGAUACAGUGGCGCCUUUGGUCUCGCUCUGGUCACCUUUCUCUACGUCGACAUUCUCGAUUGCACCGGUACUCUCUACUCCAUGGCUCGCUUCGCGAACCUUAUCGACGAGGAAACCCAGGACUUCGAGGGGUCAUCUGUUGCUUACAUGGUCGAUGCCCUCAGCAUCUCCAUCGGCGCCAUCUUUGGAACUCCUCCUGUUACGGCUUUUGUCGAGUCUGGAGCCGGUAUAUCUGAGGGGGGCAAGACAGGCCUGACUGCUAUGGCCACAGGAUUCUGCUUCUUUGUCUCCAUCUUCUUUGCUCCUAUAUUUGCUUCCAUUCCCCCGUGGGCCACUGGCUGUGUAUUGAUCCUUGUUGGAUCCAUGAUGGUUCGCGCCGUUACGGAGAUCAACUGGAGAUACAUGGGCGAUGCUAUCCCUGCAUUCAUCACUUUGGCUCUUAUGCCCUUCACAUACUCUAUCGCUGAUGGUCUCAUCGGCGGCGUGUGCAGCUACAUUCUCAUCAACACUCUUGUUUGGGUCAUCGAGAAGGCCUCCGGCGGCCGUAUUGUUCCCCACAAUAAGCACGAGAAGGACCCCUGGACCUGGCGCAUACCUGGCGGCAUCCUUCCCCCUUGGGUCCGCCGUCUCCUCAAAGGCAAGAAGGAUUUCUGGCGCAGUGACGAUCAUAAUGCCGCCAGCAAUCCCGAGCCCCAGCCUCUCGAGAAGACCGUCAGUUCCGAGCGGGGUGUCUCCAUGAAUGGCAAGGACAGAGAAGUCGGGGAGAUCGUCACUCCUCAUGGUGACCGAUCAUAG